UCCAAACGGAUCAUCGGAUGGUGUCGGCACUUGACCCGUUUGCUAUUGCAACAGAAGCGAGAUGAGUGAAGAGCGGAAGAGAUCUUUGGUCGGGGUUAUGGCGCCGGUGAAGUCGCUGCCCUCCGCUGAUGAUCGGAAAACUAAUGCAUCGAUAUCCUCUAGUUUCAGCAGCAGGAAAGUAAUUAUCAAGAGUGCCGAUAUGAAGGAAGAAAUGCAAAGCGAAGCUGUCAAUAUCGCUAUUUCCGCGUUUGAGGAUCUUAGUGUCGAAAAGGAUGUGGCGGAACAGAUAAAGAAAGAAUUCGAUAAGAAGCAUGGUCCUACUUGGCAUUGUAUCGUUGGAAAAAACUUCGGUUCUUAUGUGACUCAUGAGACAAACCACUUUGUCUAUUUCUACUUGGAUUCAAAAGCAGUGUUGCUGUUCAAAUCUGGUUGAGCCAACCUUGUGUGCUAUUUGGUAAACCAAUAGCAUCCUAAAACGUUCUCUAUGUUUGUAUAUUAUUAGUUUGAACUUGGUAACAGACUUCAAAUCAUGAAUGUUUUAAGACCUGUGUUUCAUUCUCUUUUCUGUAAAUACCUCAACUUAACCAUCAGUUGGAAAUGGGUCGGAUUUAGGUCA